UAGACAAGUUUUUUUAUUUGAUUCCGAGCUUAUCAAUUUUUAGGAUAUCCAGGUGUUCGAUUAGAUAUUAUCGAGCGAAUAAAUAAGCGAUUCUCUUACGAUUGAAAAUCACAUUGAUCGCCGUCACCUUCCGUGAAGCUCCUGUGCUACCAUGAAAGUUUUCUCUUUCGUCUACGUCAUCUUUGCGAUCUGCAUCGCGGCGUCCCUGCAGGACACCUCAUUCUUUCCGUGUGACGAUGGACCUGUGCCCAAGUGGUUGAGGGUGGAUGGAUGCGAUAGUCCUCCUUGCGAUUUUGUCAGAAAUACCGAUUUAAUAGCGCAAUGGGGAUUUGAAGCCAACGCUGACGCGGAAUCGUUGAAGCCCCGCGUGAAAGUCACACUCGAGGGAUACACGUUUGACUAUCCGUAUCCCGAGAAAGAUGCGUGCAAGUCUCUGGUUGACAGCGAGUGUCCGUUAAGCGAGGGUGAUGAGGCAACGUACAAUCUCAAGAUGCCGAUAUCUAAGGUUUAUCCAUCCGUGACCCUGACUAUUGAGUUUGGCUUGAUCGACGAGAAUGACAACGUGCAGGUGUGCUUCAAGCUGGAUGGCAAGGUGACCGGCUAAUAGGAUCUCGUCUCACGAUUGUUUUAACGCACCUUAUGAUAACGAAGUAAAUCUUCGAGUGAUCGUAGCCAUUAAUUUUUCUCAUAAAAAAAAUAUUUGUUUUGUGUUUACGUUAAUCGAUCUUGCAAAGUUGUAAAAUUUAGCUGAGCAGGCUAAGAGAUACGAAUGACGAAAUUGUGUAUUAAGAUAUACGCCUAUCGUACCAAGAAAGAAAAUUAAGAUAUGAGUUGAUAAUAAAAUUCAAUCAAGCGAUUGUAUCUCUUUGUUCAAACAUAUAAUACCAUUUUUAUUUUUCUUUUUGCAUAAUAUAAAUCGUUAAAUUGUUAAAUUUAAUCAAUAAUAUUGUAUGAGAUUACUUAAAUAUAGUUAAAUAAAUCUUUAUGUUAAAUUUU